AUGCCUCCCAAAGACCCCUCCUCCCCUUCCAAGCCAGGCGCUGUACCCCUGCGUCGCGUCACCAUCUUCACCUUUCCACCGGCGUUUCUCCUCCUCCUUGUCCAUGGAAUUGCCAGCAAUAGACCUUUCCCCGCUCUUGGCCUGUUGCCGCUCGCCGGUUCGGCCAUCCUUGGUUGCCUGAUCCUCUACCACGACCGCGUCGUUGGCAGCGGCUCGUCCAUCCAGCGACCCACUACCUCUAACAUCUUCUUCGCCGAUGUUCUGCUGGCCAUCAUGCUGCUCGCGAUCCUGAUUGCGAGCUGGGUCACUCUGACCAAGAACUUGUGGCGGUAUGACAAUGGUUCGCUGAUCAUUUUGGGAACAUACUGCACCGUGUUCCUGCUGGUGAACUUCAUCAUUCACGCUUAUUUCGCUGGUUUGCAGUUUCUGCACAUGAUGACGGCCCGGUCUUGCAACUGUGCGCAUUGUCAAAGCGUCACAAAGAGCGGUCCUCUAAUGCGCAUGGUGUCGGAGUACUCUCCUCUCAACGGGGACGACCUCGACGAGGAGGACUCAUAUACGGAUGUUGAGGCUGGCAACAGAACAACCUCACUGUGA